AUGGCAGAAAACGCGCCUGAGACGAAGGAUGAGUUCACAUCCAUCAUGAUAAAGCUGUUCCAGAAUCCCCCGGACCCUAAUCAGCGUAUUCCCGUGUGGAAUCGCAAAGGAACGAUAUAUGGUAUCACUAUCCCGCUGCAGGUCCUCUGCUGGGUUUUUGUCGCAGGUCGUCUUCACACACGUCUACGUGUGGUCCGCGAGCCUGGUCUCGAUGACCUCUUUGUCGUCCUGGCAGCGCUGUUCAAUCUCGCUGCGCUUAUUGCAUUCCUGCUUAGCCUAAACUACGGCAUGGGUAGUCACCUCAUCUACGUUAUCCCCGUGCUCCAACCAACCAUGAUCGCCAUCUACGUCAACAAUGCCACGAACCACGCCACUACCGUUUGCAUCAAAAUCUCGCUUCUCCUCCAGUAUCUGCGCAUGUUCCGCAACGGCAGGCGCCGCAUCGUGUGCAAGGUUGUGCUUGGGCUCGUCACUGUGUGGUCGCUAGUCUUCCUAUUCAUGGCUUGGUUCCCGUGCUUCCCUGUUACUGCUUUUUGGACAAGGUCGAAGGGUUCAACGUGCUAUGGGUAUGGAUACCGUUCGGUGGGCGAGGCAAAAGCGUCGGUGCUUGCUUUUGCGGGGACAAAUAUGAUGUUUGAUUUGAUCAUUUUUGCUAUUCCACUCACUGAGUAUUUUCGGAAUAAUCUGAGGCGCAAGGAGGCUAUCGCUAUGACGGGACUGUUUAUGUUUGGUGCUAUUGCUGUUUUGAUGUCGAUUCUGCGCCUCUGGGCUACGUUCAGGCAUAACAAGGAUUCGAUUCAGAGUUUCGAUUUUGUUUGGUGGUACCCUGAAGCCAUCAUCAUCUCCUUCCUCGAAGUUAGUUUCGCAAUCAUGUGCGCCUCGAUGCCCAUAUUUUGGCCUACCGUCAUCGCAAACUGGGGGCACAUCUUUAUCACCAAUGAAGUCCGCGUCACGUCUCACGAGCGCCUCGAUAGCGUUACCCAGGACCAUAUCGAACUCACGAGGGCAGCGUCAUUGAAGAGUGUGGAUAGCACCAAGGGCUUGACAAGAGUGGAGUCUGAAGGGAACAGCAGUCCGUAUGAUAGUGGAUAUCUUACUCAGCCGGGCAAAAAUGAAUUGUUCUCGACUAUGCAUGUAGAGGUGCGGCCUCAAUCGCAAAAGUCGCGGGACAAGCAAGCCCGCAAGGAAUAA